CAUCGUACGGUACGGUUGUUUCCAUCGAGCGCACCGAGAGUUCGCAUAUUCCGCGGCUAUCUUGCGGCAUACGGAGAGUGUAUUGUGUGUUCGUUGGUUCGUUUCGAUAACUCGCGCGUUUCUCCCUCGCAGUUAGUACCGCUGGCGCUGGGGAUUCUGUGCGAAAGACAGAGAGCGUCCGACCGGGAGUGACCGAAAGGUGGCAGACCGCGAGAGUGCGCGGUCGGGAAGAGUACUGCAGACGGAGCCUCGGGCCGGGUGUUGUGUGUUAUUGUUAUUUAACAGGAAUUUGAUUUUGAAAUUUGUACAGUGGCAGGUUAGAAUCGCGCGCGCGGUAGGACAUGCGAUAGGUCCCCAGAGGCGGGUUCUGGCGCAAUAAUAAUUUCAAAGAUUGUGCGACAGUGAGACGAUUGAUUGCAGUUGGCAAUUUUCUAGAAGUGAUUCAAGAUUAUGUAUGACAAGAGCUGUUAGGCAAGCGAUUUGAUGAUAUAACCAAUCAGUGGCGAAAGCUCUAAGUCGCAGUUCUGCGCAGCCAAUCAGCUAGAAUAGGAGCGCCCCAACCGCACGGAGUGUAGUGUGCACCGCUGUGCAGGACCUGCCGACGACUCAUCUCCAGCUUGGACGGCCUUACAACCCGAGAAGGGAAGUAGCAAACAAAAAAAAAACACCCCGGUGAAAAGUGUGUCUGUGCAAAUUUAAUGAAAUUUUCCGCGCCAUCCACAAAAGCAAGAAGAUAACGAAGGCAGGCGGCUGCGUCUUUAUUAAUAAAAGUGUUUGGUGGUGCCACCCAUUCAGGGUCAGGGUAUCAAGAGUGAGUGCGCGAAGCAAUUCGACUUCAAUUCGAAAGCGAGUGGGAUUUUCGUGAAAAAUUACGCAAUUAGCGGUCCCACCGUCGCCGCCUCAGUAGCGCACGUGUUGUCAUCCGAUGCGUCCUAAUCCCAGCCGAGAAAGUAAAGAAUUUGGGAGUGCUUGUGCCGAUUUGUGUAUACGAAAAUUCCCGCAACGUAAAUAAGUCGGUUAGCCUCGCGCGACUUGAAGAGUGAAGCAAAAGAACAACCGCCAAGAAGAGAUCGGUCCACGCCUGGUAGUUAGUGAAAAUUAAUUAAUCGUUGGCGAUUUCGCACCAGAGUUUAACGCCGCGUUUCUUGGCAGAGGCCGCCUUUGCGUUCGUAGAGGUGGAGAAUGGCCACGAUGACAGAUCUGGAUGAAUUUAGUGAGAUGAUCUGCGAUCCGUUUGAGUUUGAAAACCUGUUCGAGCAGUACCUGCGCGAGAUGCAGGGAUCGACCGAACCGGGCGGCAGUGGUCGUCUGCAGCAGCCACACCAGCAGUUUCAACAUCAGCGGAAGCCAUUUUCGGUGUUCAUCGGCCGCAUCAAGGAGUGGCCCGCCAACACAGACGCUGGCCGUCUGAACCGGCUGAAGCAUUUGACCGAACUGCUGAUCGCGACCGUCAUCUCCAAGCGUAUCGGCGAGUCUAGUGUUAGUGUGAACAAAUUUUGUAGCAAUAGUUCCGUAGACCCGCUGUGUUGUCCAAUUUGUGAGGACAUACUUCGGUUUCCGGUGACGGCGAACUGCGGGCAUACCUUUUGCCGGCAGUGUUGCUUCGGCCACAGCCAGUGCACCGUGUGCAGUCAGAAGUUUCCGACGAUCUCAUCGGGCGUCGGUGGUUUGCUGCCGCAAGCCACGGUAACGUCCGGUUCAUCGGCGACGGCCGGUACCACGUUGACGUUGCUACCGAGCCCGCUUUCGACGGCCACUGCCUCGUUGUCGAUGGUUAGUGCGGCUUCUUCGCUGGCUAUGGCCACAGUAGCGCCCAACCAUGACAAGCAAGGACCGGACAUACCGGUGGUGGGGGCGGCUGCUGUUGGGGGACGGGGUGGUGACAGUGACAGCGCGGGAGUGAUAGGGUUCGAGCAGGAUAUUUUGGUGCGACGGCUAGUCGAAAGGUGGUGGGGGGCGGAGCUGAAAGCGGCCGAGAUCAACGAGGAAGCCCAGCGGCAUCUGGAGUACGAUGCCUUGGACGAGGCGCUGCGUUGCUGCAACCAGAGUCUUGAAUACGCACCCAACGGCUACAAGGGACUCCUGCUCCGGUCCGAGGUCCUGUACCGAUUGCAGCACUACCAAAGCGCACUUGCCGACGCCGACAACGCCCUCAAAUGCCGUCCAACGUCGUACAAGGCACACUAUCACCGGGCCCUAGCGCUGUCCGCCUUGGGCAAAUCGGAACAAGCCAUAAUCUCGCACUGCAUUUCGAUUUUCCUGGACAAACAGUCCAUGUGUGUGGCCAACGGAAUAAAAGAGGAUCUGGCAAAGGACCUUCAAAAACUACUCGCCACGGUUCGGUCGGAGCCGGAACUCCCCGCACCGGUGCUGGACCCCCUCUCGCACUUCUUCAGCGGGCCCUACUCGCUGCUGAGUUCCCGCAAGCGGCGGCGCCAUCGAAUCCCAUCCGCCCAUAAGCACAAAGCGAAAAAGCAGUUCCUUAGUUUGCGGACCAGCGACUUCGAUGAGGACCAUUCCGACUGCGGCGACGAGGAGUACUACUUUCGGUCCCGUUUUUUCGACGAAAUGGACGACGAGUUCUACCGGCAAGCCAUGAACCCGCCCCACCACCGGCGGAAAUCACUUUCGGCGUACAAUCUGAACAUCUUCAACCCGCGGAUGGAUGUGCCGUUGGGUGCCGGCAAGGAGCAGAAGUACCUUAGGCAGCAGCUACAGCAACAACAGCAGCAGCAUCAACAGCAGACUUCAAUCAUUCCAAGGCACAGCUCGAAGCUGCGAUCGUUCGUUGACCGAAUGAUCAAUGAGCUGGAGGCCGUUCGGUGGGCCGAAGGAAACCCAGUGCGGUUAAACGUUCACCCGAGUCAAAUUGAGGCGUCCGAUUUUGACUGUGUGCUGUGCUGUCGGACUCUGUGGCGUCCGGUGGUGACCCCCUGCGGACACACCUACUGUUGGGUGUGUCUCGAUCGGUGCAUGGAUUACUCCUCGUCGUGUCCGCUAUGCAUGGCCCCUCUGAUCGAACAGUUCCGUCAUCAUUUGGCGAGCAGCAGCAACAACGGUACCAACAAUGGUAAUAGCCUCGCCCUGCUGGCUGCCACCAAUCCUACCCUGAUCUCAUUAUCUAAACGUAAGGUAACGCAGUUUGUCGAGGAGGCCAUGCAGCGAUUUAUUCCGGAUGCGUACGAAAAACGCCAACGGCAGGAGCUGGACAGGGAACCGACGGUGCCGGUGUUUAUCUGCACCACUGCAUUUCCCUCGGUGCCAUGUCCGCUGUUUGUAUACGAGCCCCGCUACCGGUUAAUGGUCCGGAGGGCGAUCGAAAGCGGUGAACGACAGUUUGGGAUCGCAUUUCCGCAGCAGAACGGGCGCCAGCGGUACGUCGAGUAUGGAACCAUGCUGGACAUCCGGGACUGUGUGCAGCUCGGCGAUGGAUGCUCGAUUUUGUCGACGGUGGGAGCGAGACGUUUCCGGGUCGUGGCCCGGCACGAGAAGGAUGGCUACGACACGGCCAACGUGGAGUUCAUCGAAGAUGACAAGAUUGUGGACGGUGCCAGUGGAGGUGGUGCCGGCGUCGAAGAUGAGAAAGUGCAUUUAAUUCGGGAACUGCACGAGAAGGUCUUGCUGAAGGCCAUCGGGUGGCACGACAGCUUGCCGGACAACAUCAAGUUUGAGAUUUUCAAGAGCUUUGGCAAAAUGCCGGACCUGGAGGAGAACUGGGAAGAUGUGGUAGAUGGCCCGGCGUGGGCAUGGUGGAUUAUUGCAAUUCUACCGUUGAGUCAGCCUUUGAAGGUCGGCAUCCUGUCCGCCACAAGCCUGGAAAAGCGACUUCGAGCCAUCGAUAAAACGCUGAACUUGGAGUCCGCUCAGCAGAAACGGAAACGCUCCGUUUGCGUUGUUCCAGCCGCACCGGCAUCGCCUCCUCCGGCGGGUUGCUGCGAUGGCAUCCAAUCGUCUGCCACCGUUCAUCAGCAACAGCAACAACAGCAGCAUUCGCACCACAAUCAACAACAAUGCCAAGCAAUUGAUUGUUGCAUACGAGAAAGAACUACCUCAACGCAUCACCAUCACCACCAUGAUCAUGACCACGUGCACCACCACCACCACCAUCAUCAUCACGAUAGCGAUAGGAGCAGUUCCGGGGAUCAUCAUCUCAGCCAAUCCGCAGCGGAAGCGGCCGACUAUCUGCUUUAAAGGCGAAGCAACACCAACCAAAAUAACUUGAUUAUAGAUGUGUGACGGUUUCCGCAAGUCCCAUCUCCCAGAGAAAAACGACACACGAUACAGAAGCAAAAUCAAUCCAAUCCUACUAAUAAAUCUAAAACGCAGCAACACAGUGGAAGCAAAUGCAACUAAAUGGUUCUCUUCUCUUUUAGAUUGUACAAUAAAAACACAUCCAAAAGCAAGCACUUUAAUUAGAAAUGAUGCACACCCAAGUAAGAUGUGUGUGUUAGAACAUUUGUGGAUCAAGAAGCAGUAGCAAAAAAAUGUAUAACCAACAAACAAAACGCCAUAGAUCAAAUGAUAGUUAAAACAAAAUCCUUCCCUUUGACACUUUUUUCCUAAGACGGAGUUAAAAGAAAACAAGCAAAUAUUAUAAAACAACUACUAAAAUAGGCAAGCAGUGCGAAGCAAGAAGUAUGAAAGAGAUCAGAGACAAAGUGCUGGACAGCGAGAAAUAAGAUUGCGAAAAGGACAAAUCCGGGACCGGUCCCAUUUGUUCGUCGUGUGUUAGGCUAAAGGAAAAAAAAACACAUUCAUCUAUUUCGUUAAAAGAAACCAAUUCUACAUCCUCUUAAGCCAUGUGUGAUUUUUAAUCUUAAACCAAAACCAUUUUGAAAACCCUCUAAUUCGUAAGAAUAUCUUUCUAAUUGAAUUCAAUCCAAGCUUUAAUUCGGAAUCCUUAAUCAAGACAAAAGCUAUUAAUCUUUAAACUAGGAGUUUCUAUCCGUAUUCCUGUUUCUUAUUCUUAUGCUAGUAAGGGCAACAAUCGAAAACCAUCAUCGCCAGAUAAUAGAGCUAUUCCUAAAAAGUAAAUAAGUCAUGUUCUGUACACAUUGGGAAGAGCGCAGAAGGAAGCGAACGGGAAGAAACGCCAGGACUAUAAUGUGAAAUCAGUGAGAACUCUUUCUAAACGUUAAGGCCAAGCUAUGUGACAUUGUAAAAUUUGAAUAAACGUGAAUCGAUCUGUAUUCCGCCGCCCCACGGUUCUUUCUGGGGUCCUUUUUCAA